AUGAGAACCUCCCACCGCCGCGCCGUCCCCGUGACAAACACACGCACAAAGCCCUCCUUCUUCUCACGCAUCACUGGCCGCCGCGCCGCACCCCGUGGCACCACCACCACUACCACAACCACCACCACCCGCCGCACCCACCGCGGCGGUGCUGGCCGCACUGCGGCCCCGGUGCAUCAGCAGAGACGUCGCCCAAGUAUCGGUGAUAAGAUCAGCGGUGCGCUGAUGAAGUUGAGGGGCAGCUUGACUAGACGCCCGGGAAUGAAGGCUGCCGGGACAAGGAGAAUGAGAGGGACUGAUGGAAGAGGGAGCCAUGCGGCGACUACGAGGACUACGAGACGGUACUAG